GGCUCACUAUGAAGACCGUUUCCUUGAUUACGGCCUCUGUGCUCCUCGGUGGUGCUGCCGCCGAGGUCCACAAGCUCAAGCUGAACAAGGUCCCCCUUUCGGAGCAACUGGAUGGCCAAAACAUCGACUCUCAUGUUCGUGCCCUGGGCCAGAAGUACAUGGGCCUGCGUCCGUCGAUGCACGAGGACCUAUUCCACGACACCGCUUUCAAGGCUAACGACCGCCACGACGUCCUUGUUGACAACUUCCUCAAUGCCCAAUAUUUCACCGAGAUCUCCCUUGGUAACCCUCCGCAGAGCUUCAAGGUCGUUCUGGACACCGGGAGCUCGAACCUGUGGGUUCCAUCUUCGGAGUGUGGGUCGAUCGCUUGCUACCUUCACUCCAAGUACGACUCUUCCGCCUCGUCGAGCUACAAGAAGAACGGCUCCGAGUUUGCCAUCCGCUAUGGUUCCGGUAGCCUGAGCGGCUUUGUGUCCCAGGAUACUCUCCAGAUUGGAGACCUCAAGAUCAAGAAGCAGGACUUUGCCGAAGCCACCAGCGAGCCGGGACUUGCUUUCGCUUUCGGCAAGUUCGAUGGCAUCCUGGGUCUUGGUUAUGAUACCAUCUCGGUGAACAAGAUCAUCCCCCCCUUCUACCAGAUGAUUAACCAGGGUCUGAUCGACGAGCCGGUCUUCGCCUUCUACCUCGGCGAUGCCAACUCCGAGGGUGACUCGUCCGAGGCCACUUUCGGUGGUAUCGACAAGAGCCACUACACUGGCGAGCUGAUCAAGAUCCCUCUUCGCCGCAAGGCCUACUGGGAGGUCGAUCUUGACUCGAUCACCUUCGGUGACAACACCGCUGUGCUUGAGGACACCGGUGUUAUUCUUGACACCGGUACCUCCCUGAUUGCUCUGCCUUCCACUCUUGCCGAGCUCCUGAACAAGGAGAUUGGUGCCAAGAAGUCCUGGAACGGCCAGUACACCAUUGACUGCGAGAAGCGCUCCUCGCUCCCUGAUCUGACCUUCACCCUGUCUGGCCAUAACUUCACCAUUGGCCCCACUGACUACACUCUUGAGGUCCAGGGCUCUUGCAUCAGUGCUUUCAUGGGCAUGGACUUCCCCGAGCCCGUGGGCCCCUUGGCCAUCCUCGGAGACGCCUUCCUGAGGAAAUGGUACAGCGUCUACGACCUUGGCAACAAUGCUGUCGGCCUUGCCAAGGCGAAGUAAGCUCUUUUUUUUCUCAAUCCUGAGGGAGUCGGGGAGUCGGAGAGGUGUGUGUGCACCUCCAUACCCCAAAUUGUUCUGAACCAUUCAUAGUGGGGGUUAUCACGUAUACUCUUUGUGUUUCCUAUUAUAGUUAACUAUCUCGUGUUUUGUCUCCGC